AUGGACACCAAUUCAGUUCAAGCUCAAUCUCCAGCUACCCCAAUAUACAUCCUUCGUGGACAUGCUUCUCCCAUUCAUGCCCUGCACAUCUACAGCCAGAAUUUACGGCUUGUAUCCGGCGACGCUAAUGGCUGGAUCGUUGUUUGGGACCUGGUCACCAAACGCCCUGUGACGACAUGGAAGGCCCACGAGGGAGCCAUUUUGGAGGCCAGAGGCUUUGAUGUUGGCUCAGGUGCAACUGAGAUUUACACACAUGGCCGCGACCACAAACUAUGUGUGUGGAAGCUUCGACCAGAGGAUGAAUCUUUCCUCGAUAAAACGCUUCCAGUGGAUGCGACGGAGACCGCACUGGCAGGAAGUAAAACCCAGCCGUGGUUACUCCAUUCCUUGCCUGUGAAUGCGCUCAAUUUCUGCGCAUUCUCAAUGGCAUUUGUGAAUUCAGAUGGGCUUCCUGCGCUUCCAUCCCAAUCUGGAAAACCAGAGAACAUUCUCUUCGCAGUACCCAAUGCCUUGGACUCUGGUGGAGUCGAUAUCUUCCACCUACCAUCUGAGCGCAGAAUCAGUACUAUUCCUUCUGAUCAACCGACCAAAACGGGGAUGUUAAUGGCUGUGAAUAUCAUGGUGUCACCUUCUGGGGAGCUCUACAUCGCCUCUGCAUAUGAAGAUGGCCACGUAAUGGUCUUCGUUCAUCGUGAAGCUCUCAAAUCGGCCAGUCUUGAGCGUGAGUAUAUAAGCAACAACCCUUUGAAAUGGGACAAGCUUUAUGCUGGUCGCCCUCAUUCCCAGCCGGUUCUUUCUUUAGAUGUCGCCCCUUCCCAUGGGUACUUCAUCUCUUCUUCUGCGGAUGCUCUGAUCGUCAAGCAUCCCAUCCCCAGCAUAGGGUCUACGGGUUAUAUCCCUACCGCUGGCUACAAAGAAGAAUCCCCCUUGAAGAUUGUCAACACCAAACAUUCGGGCCAGCAAGGUCUACGGAUCCGAUCGGAUGGGAAGAUAUUUGCUACUGCUGGCUGGGACAGCAGGAUCCGGGUGUACUCCGGCAAAACCAUGAAGGAGCUGGCUGUGCUGAAGUGGCAUAAGGAUGGUUGUUAUUCUGUAGCGCUCGGGGAAAUUGAAAGCAUGUCUUCGUUGGUGUCAUCAUCGGCUGAGUCUGCAAAACAAGAACCCCGAGACACAGACCAGUGCGCAGCAGGAGAGACCGCCGUCGACGGACGCGAUUACUCCCUUGCAACAGUGCAGCAACAACGGAAUCAAAAAGUACAACGAACUCAUUGGCUAGCGGCUGGGUCUAAGGACGGGAAGAUUUCAUUAUGGGAUAUCUACUGA